ACUAUAAAUGGUGUCGAAAUUGUACUUUUUUAAGUGGGAUUGUACAUUUUUGGUGGAAAAAUGUGUGUUAUGUGCUCUUACCCUCUUUAUUUACCAAGUUUUGGUACGUCUAACGUCUAAAGACAGAGUUCAGAACUGAAACAAGGUAGACACAAGAUGAUGUUCACUGGGAGUUCAGUAAACAAACAGAGGAAAAGCUCUAGUGGGGACAAAAGAAAUGGCGAAAGGAGAAGAUACAAUGGAAAAAACACUCGGUAUAGUGAUUUGGGUGAUAAUUCAGGUACUAAAAUUCAUGGUAAACCUAGAGUACCCAGGCACCAUAAUAUGGUACAAAAAAUGAGCCAGUCUGAUGGGAUGGUUUCCUAUAGUCUUGGAGGUUCAUCAACCAGUCCAUUGAUGCCAAAUCCUUUCGAAGUUGAAAGGGACAGGCCUGAGAAUGAUUUUUCGAAGAUUUUCGGAAGGGAGAUCAACAGAAGAAGAGGUGCUGUCAAACAUCAAAGGGUGCAUUCGGUGAAAGGCCACAAGUUCGUGGCUAAAUUCUUCAGGCAACCAACCUUUUGUGCUUUUUGCAAGGAUUUCUUGUGGGGAUUUGGAAAACAGGGCUACCAGUGUCAGAGUUGUCAGACAGCUGUGCACAAAAAAUGCCACGACAAGCUUCUGAGCAAGUGUUCUGGUUCAGGAAUAAAUUCAGAAAGUACUAUUUAUUUAAGGGAAAGAUUCAAAGUAGACGUACCCCACAGAUUCAAGAUACACAAUUACAUGUCGCCGACAUUUUGUGAUCAUUGUGGAUCAUUGUUAUAUGGAUUAUACAGGCAAGGAUUAAAAUGUGAAGUGUGUGUAAUAUUAAAAUCAUUAGUAUCAAAUGCAUAA